AAUUAUUAUAAUUGUUUAGAGUAUGAAGUUUUCAGUUUUGUAUGAGUUUAAUCAACAGUUAACCCCUCAAUAAUUGAAUAAUAUUAACUUAUAAGUAUUAAGUAAUAAUUCUGUUUAAGUUCAUAAUGGUUAUUGCUUAAAAAAAAUAAAAUUAAACAAAAAUGGGAAACGCAUCGAGCUUAAAGAACCAUGUUGAAACAUCCAAAAAAACAGGUGUGCUAAAUUUAUCAGAUAGUCAUCUUAAACAGUUUCCAGAUUCUAUUGACGUGCUUCAUCCUAUGUUAAGAACUUUGGAGUUGUCUAAAAACAAAUUGAAAACAUUACCAAAAUCUAUUGGCCAAUUCAAAGAACUAAAGAUACUUAAUGUCAGCAACAACUCGUUAGAAAAUCUACCCGAAGAAAUAAACUGCUUGUCAAAGAUUGAAACAUUACAGGUGAAUUGUAAUUUAUUAAAGUCAAUACCUCCACUGAAUAAUUUGAUGUUUCUUAAACGCGCCUCGUUUGGAGAUAAUCAGCUUAGUAUAUUUCCGGAGUUUUUGUGCGAAUUAAAACAUUUGGAAGCAUUGGAUUUAUCUAAGAAUAACAUCACUCAAUUGCCUGAACUUAUAAAACAGUCAAGAUUAGUUGAAUUAAACCUAAAUCAAAAUCAAAUUAGAAAAUUGCCAUCUAGCUUAGCACAAUGCCCCAGACUGAAGACUUUGCGUGUAGAAGAAAAUUGUCUAGAACUAGAUGAUAUUCCAAAAGAAUUAUUAACAUCAUCUAAAGUGUCAUUAUUAUGUGUUGAGGGAAAUUUAUUUGAUAUGAAAUCUUUACUAGCCUUGGAAGAGUAUAGUGUAUACAUGACAAGAUAUACAGAAGUAAAAAAAAAAAUGUUUUAAACUAUUUUCUAAAUUUUCUAAUUU